AUGAAGCUCUCAUCAAAACCUCUCGUCGUUGGGGCCUGUAGCGUCCUGCUUACCACGUCGGAUGCGGCAGCCCUCCCACGCAGCGCAAGUGGAAAAACAUGCCGCAAGACCAAAGUGGCCGUCCUUGGAGCCGGUGUGGCUGGCAUUACUGCAGCCCAAGCCCUUUCAAAUUCAUCCAUCUCCGACUUCAUCAUUGUGGAGCGCAAUGACUACGUUGGGGGCCGUGUAAAACACACCUCAUUCGGCUCAAAACCCGACGGCUCGCCCUAUCUGGUCGAGCUCGGUGCCAACUGGAUCCAGGGUCUCGGGUCGCCCGGCGGUCCCGAAAACCCCAUCUGGACGCUGGGGAAGAAGUAUGGCAUUAAGAACACAUAUUCUAACUACGAUUCGAUCUCAACAUUUGACGAAAACGGCUACAACGACUAUACCGAUAUCUUGGACGACUUUUCUACAAAGUACGAUGUCGCAGCCGAGAUUGCCGGGAAUGCUCUUCUAGAAAACCUCCAAGAUACCAGUAUGCGCGCUGGUCUCUCCGCAGCAGACUGGAAGCCCAAGAAGAACAUGCUGGCCCAAGCAGUGGAGUGGUGGAAUUGGGACUGGGAGACGUCAUACCCUCCUCAGCAGUCUGGAUUCCAGUUCGGAAUUACUGGCUACAACCUCACUUUCUACCAGUUCAGUGACGAAAACAAUUUUGUCACCGAUCAGCGUGGUUUCAACCGUUUCGUGAUCGGGGAGGCCAAUCAAUACCUCAAGAAGAAUGACCGCCGUCUUCUGUUGAACACAACAGUGAAGUCGAUCGCAUAUACGGACGAGGGUGUGACGGUUCACAUGGAUGAUGACGAGUGCAUCAAGGCUGAGUAUGCCAUUUGCACUUUUUCAGUCGGUGUGCUUCAAAAUGAGGCCGUUAAGUUUAGUCCUGCUCUGCCUGGCUGGAAAACCGAUGCUAUCGAGCAGUUCCAGAUGGGCACCUACACCAAAAUCUUCAUGCAGUUCAAUGAAACCUUCUGGGGAACUGACAAGCAGUACUUCCUGUACGCCGACCCAACUACUCGCGGCUAUUACCCCGUGUGGCAAUCGCUGGAUACCAAGGGUUUCAUUGAGGGUUCGCACAUCAUCUUCGCUACUGUGGUUGACUCAGAAGCCCAUCGCAUUGAGCAACAGUCGGACGAAGAGACCAAGGCCGAAAUGAUGAAAGUCCUCAAGUCCAUGUUCCCCGACAAGGAUAUCCCUGAGCCGACUGCAUUUAUGUAUCCCAGAUGGAGUGAAGAAGAGAUGUCCUUCGGCUCAUACUCUAACUGGCCUGUUGGUAUGACGCUCGAGAAGCACCAAAAUCUCCGGGCCAAUGUCGACCGGCUGUGGUUUGCCGGCGAGGCAAACUCGGCCCAAUAUUACGGCUUCUUGCACGGUGCCUGGUUUGAGGGACGGGAAGUUGGCCUCCGUAUCGCCGGCCUCCUUGGAGCCAACUUGCGUGGCAACGUCCCCACGGGAGAGAUGAGGAGAUACGAGGUCUUGCACGGAACUUCGGAGUAUGGUGAAUAUGAUUCUGUUAAUGGGUGGGCUGCGAGUAGCUUUUUAACCUGGGGUGUUGAAGGGUAA